AUGUCUAACGAAGCGUUUGUUUUACUUCAAACUGUACAGACGGCGUCUCCCUGGAGGCCACAGUUACCCCUUCCGAAGGACAUCACAGUUCAUGUGCAGCAGCAGCAGAAGCAGCAGGACAUGGAAAAGGCUUCGACCACAGCGGCCAGCAAGGGUGGCAAGGAUAAGAAGUGGUCCCUCGGCAGUCUGUUUCGCAAGAAGAAGAAGGACGUCGACACCGACUCGAGCUCGGAGGAGGACCGGAAGGCGGGCUUCGUGCCGGUGAAGAGCACGCACAGCGGUGGCACUCUGAACGGGAAGCGCAAGAAGCGUUCGAGCCGGAUCGUCGGGGCGGGCUUCGAUCAUAUCGUGGUCAGUCCACAGCAGGCACCGUCGAACCUGUACGGCUUUCGGGAGGCCGACAGUAUCAACUCGAUCGAUCGGUACACCGGCAACGGGUCACUGGAUCGGCGGGGCAGAAAAACGGACCGUGGUAGUCGCCACUCGAAGGAAAGGCAGUCGUCGAGCGACGAGGAGUCGCACCGAUCGUCGUCGAUGUCGCGCUUCCGGAGUGACGAUAGUCUCGGGAACCACAGUGCCGGUUCGCAUAGAAAGUCUCGUACGGCGCGGACCGAGCGAUACCUCAAACGGAUGUCGCGCGAUGAUGGGAACAGUCCCAGUGGUGCACCAGCCGUUAGCCGUUGGCAUACGCAACCGAUUUCACCCAGUAUGGUGCACGGUGGGAGUGUCCACUCGAUGGACCUGCACCAGCAACAAUUGUACCCUAGUGGAUCCCAUCCGAACCUACGCAACUCCUCCAGUCUCACCAAUGUGCCGCACCAUUUCCACCCCACUGGGAGCUCGCCAUCGUACGCACAUCAGUUGCAGCUGGCGUAUGGCUCGCCUACGAACUAUCAACAAUCGCAUGGGCAUGCCACGACGAACCCCAGUGCUGUGACGUACGAGAAUAGUUUCUACAUCCAGAGCAAGGCGAGUACGAUGAGGGACGCAAUCCGGAGCCCUCCACCGAUACCACCACGCGAUCCUCAGCGUAGACUAACGAUCGGGCACACGAACGAGGCACGCCCGAUUUCGUACGCGUUUGAUCGAUACCAUCAGACGCUGGGAGCGCCAGGACAGUCGACCAUUUGGCAGCCGAACGGAAAGUGUAACAGCGAGGAUCGGCUGUGGGGGGCACAGGUGCAGCGUACACCGCCUCCACCUCCGACACACCACGGAUCGAUGGGGUUUGUCAAUGCAAACACGGUGACUCCGCCACGUGCGUCAUCCGUUCAACCGGCGGAAAUACAACAACAGCAGCACCAGCAACAGCAGCAUAAGCAGCGUUACAUCUCUCGUCAGCAACAACCACCGGCUGUUCAGCCACCAAGCACACCGCCUUCGAACGUGGCCUAUCACCAUCAUCAGCACCAUCAACACCAGCAGCAUCAGCAGCACUAUCAUCAAACCCCGAGAGUGACACCACCACGCAACACGAACGCGGUCGAAUAUCGCUAUGUAACGGAUGUAACGCCUCGAUCGCGCAAACCGAUCCAGAUACAGGAUCGCACAUUCGAGCCAUACGAGCCGAAGAUAUCCCCUUUACCGGCGCCGGCUACCAACACCGGCAGUGAGUCGUCCCUCGCGUACAGCGGCACACCAACGCCUUUCGGUAGCCGUGGAUCGACGACUCGCUCCUUGACCCAAGCGACCAGCUCCGAGUCGAUGACGGGUGCCCGCUCCACUCCGCAACAAUCGGCAUCGGCGUUUUGGCGACGCAUCGAGGAGGAACAGAACGGAGUCACUCUGCGACGUGGCCGAGCCACGGAACGUCGACCGGGAGUAGCCGGUACGGCGCUGGCAUCGCGAUCCGUGUCGACUUCGCGCGCCUUGGAGAUCAUGAACCGACGCAACCAGGAGCUGACACGUGAGCUGGACACCCUACUCGAUGAUAAGCAAGCGAAGCGAGGCGACGAAGAGGAGGAACAAACCGCGGGCGAUAACGUCGUCAGCGGUCGGUUGUACCUGCGUCAGACGGCGGACGGUACUAGUCGGGCGAAGUCGAACGAGAAGCUGUACGAGGUGAAGGUUAAGACAAGUCGACCAACUGUUGAAGCGGUGCCAGCCAAAGCCGGCAAUAGAUACGAGGAGCAUGUAGCCAAAACGGUUGCCAAGGGAGGUAAUCAGGCGGGUUCUCAUGGUUAUCGACGAUAUGGCGAGGAAAGCACGCAACCACCGACGCAAGGGCCUGUGAAGAGUACUGGACCACCGGCUCCACCGAUGCGGACCAUCUCGAAGCGGAACUCCUGCUCGGAGGAAGAGCUUGCCAGGAAGCGUAAGUCAGCGAACCUCGAGGAAGCAAUCAACGAACUGGAGGCGAUCUACAAGAGUCUCAAGUUGAGCGACGAGGAUCUGUUGGAACGAGCCGAACAGCGCGAUCUUUCCACCCCGACCGGUUUCAGCCAACGGGCACGGCUCUACCGGUACGAUGGCGAUGUGGACGAGGACCGUGCCAAACCGGAACCGGAUCUGCAGCUUGAUGACCUAAGCUACCGCAGCAUUAAGCGUGCGAACAGCUCCAUAAAGGCACCGGAAACGCAACCACCAUUCGGUAUUCCCGUCGGGCCGAUUCCACCGUCCCCGAGCACGGACUACCUGACGGUGCAGCCGCCCGGGAAGCACAACAAGCCGCGCUUCUUGCCCCAACGUUCGCCCGACCUCGUGGCGGAUGACCUGGCUUUCCGGCAGCUACGGAAAGAUAAGGACCUGCUAGCAUCCAUCGAGCGACCGGCCACCGUUCGGCAUGUCCCGCCGGCAGCAACGGCGAGCAACGGUGGAGGAAAUACCAGCAGCGGAUCGGAGGACUCCCGCCCCAAGGGUUCCCUUUCGUCGACCAUCUACAGCCAGAUCCAGCGUGAUGCGGCUAAACCUUCGGGUGGCAAUCUGGAGGACUACUACAAAAUCGAACUGUACGCGAAGAGUUUGCGUGAAGCCAACUCACCCAACCGGAAUCAGCGGGAUCAAACCCGGCCGAAGGAAGUUUCACCGGCGAAAGACACCGGUGCGAAGCCGAAGGCAUCGAGCAGUGUGCGCCCGAAGAGUAGUACCACACCUCCGAAGGAGAACCGCGGUGCCGUCUUUAACCUUCCGUCCACGUUGAAGUCCAGUUCGACUAGUCCACCGAAAAGCCCGAAAGCGACCGAUAGUGCGGGUAGCCCGAGUUCGAGCAGUGCGGCUGCCACACCCACUCCCCGACCUCGAUCGGGCACGGAACCGGUGAUCGUAGGUGCGAAGCAUAAGGCAGAGUUUGAGGAGAUCCUCAACGCCAUCGCACUGGAGGCGCAAUGUACGAGCGAGAAGCUCGGUGCAGAUCUGGCGGAACUACGCCGGGAGACACAAUCGGUAUCGAGUGGUACCAGCCUGGAGGCGAAGCCCAAACAACGCCAGUCCAGUGAAAUCGAUGAAGUGGCACAGGCGGCCAAAUACUGCGAGCAGAUGUUGCGUGACAUUAUCGAGGAAGCGCCACCGAAGAAGACGAUGGACAAGGCGAAGACUACGACCGAGCUGGGCAAACUGACGACAUCUGCUCCGGUGUCGAUAUCAAUAGAGGCCCGAACGAUCGUCGAGGUUCACGCCGUGGAACCACCUACCAUUGUGGAACCUAAGCCAAUCGCCAGCAGCUUACCGGACCUGGGAGGGCUAAUCCAACAGCUGACUCCCGCGGGAAGUUUCGAAACGCUUAGCAAACGCUGUCAGGAGCAGCUGAGCGAGCUCGAACUCGAAACCGAUGAGCCCGAUGACGAACGCGUAAAGUCUUCGAUCGAACGUGACUACGACAACCUGGUCGAGAGUAUCACCACGGCACCGUUCGAAUCAGACACGGAUAAAAAGUCUACCGAGGAGGAAAUCGAUCAGAUUAUGAAGGAGUGCGGUAUCGAGAUCGAAGUAAGCCCGUGCCCGACCGAUCAUCAUCUUCCGGUGAAGGUUGCACAGAAGAUUCCCGCCAGUGCCCAGGCCGAUCUUAACGAUCUCCCCAAGUCGACCUCCUCCGAGCCGAAGUCUUCGAGUGAGACGGAUCCAACGUAUCCGACGAAGUCGUCUUCCUCGUUGAAAAGUGAGCCCUUUGAGGCGCCGCAGCUAGCAGCAGUUCGCUCGAGUGUCUCGAGCUCGCCGGGACGUGAGCGCAGAAAUGGUGCGUCCCGUUCGCCACCGGUGUCCUCGGUCCGGCUGACACCGUCCGACACGGAAUCGCAGUACAACUCCUCCGAAGAGCUCGCCAUGAUCUUCGGGAUCAAGAGUCCCACACCGUCAGCCGAAACCGCGCCUCAUUGUGCACCUUCCCAUGAAAACACCACCACUAUCGCCACCGACGAGCAUGAUGUUGAUGGUGGCGAUGGGAUCGUCUUUUCCAUGCCCGUACCCAUCCUCUCACCAUCCUCCACGACCCGUAACGAACCCACUAGCACCGUGGAGAGUGUUUGCCGUUUCGCUACCAACACCACCACCACUACUAAUAGCAUCGCUUGUAACAAUGUCACUACCAAACACACCGACGAAACCACCACCGUGCACCCCGUCGUCGAAGAACCGGUCGAAGAACUGAUCACGACGGACAGCAGCUCCAUCGGGAGCUUUUACCUGCGCAGCGCCAGCUACGGCAACCAUCUCCACCACAGUCUGGACACGAUCCACGAGGAUCUGGCCGAGGAGGAGCUGCUGGAGGAAACGAACGCAGCCGAUGUCGAUUCGACCACGACGGAUUCGGGCAAUGUGAGCCUGAACGACUUUGGAUCCGAGUUUGGUUCGUGUACGGGAGGAGCUGGAAGUACUCCGAUCGAGCGCAAGGUAACGUUCGUCAACGAACUUCAGAUUGGUCCCGGAGGGUACUACCCGUUCCGGAGUGUACUGCAAAUACCGGAAAUAUUCAUCGAAGACGUAAGCAGCAGCCAGCAGGAUGAACCACCGGUGAAGGAUGAUGAACUCCAGGAGGCGAUCGAGACGGUCGAGCUUGAACGUGAAGCUGUUACCCCAAAUGAAGAACGUCAGGAGGUGCUGGAAGCUGGUCAUCAGCCAGAGACGGACGUUGAAGACCCACCGGUGGAAACGUUUGAAGAGCUCCAACGCCUCGAUGCGGAACGCCGUCGCCUGGAGGUCCAGCUAGCGAAGGAUCAGCUGCAGCGUCGUGCACGGGGCGAGAGUGAUGUACACCGGGGCAGCGCCAGUAGUAGCCGCAGCGGCAGCAGUUCCGUCGGAGGUGGCCCCACGAAACGCAAAAGUAGUGGUAGUAGCAGUAGCUUAGUGCAACCGCAGCAUGUCGUUCUUGCAUGUGUGGAAGAGACGGAUCUGCAUCCGAGCACCACGGAAAGCAGCAGUAUCGUGUCGCUCGCGGUCAAACCGACCGGCAAGCAAAGCAUACCGCUGAUGCCGUGUCUGGGCGGCCAAAAAUCGGUCGACGUCAUUGAAGUUACCGAACCCUCGAUUGCCGGCCGCAGCAUCGUCCACGAGGAAGUGCCGCCGGAAACGCAAGCGCCCGCCAGUAGUCAGCAAGUCACGAAAGCUACUCGCAAUCUCAACCGCGACUCUAGUGGCGCUCUGCAGAACCUAUGUUUCUGUUUGCUAUAA